CCUUGAAACCCCCAACAAUAAAAGAAGUAGAUGAGUGUUCCUCUGCGGAGUUUGUGGUCCUGAUGAACCCAACAAACAAACAAAUAACUCGGCGUAGUUUUGCAGUAUUUUAGUUUAAAUUUGCUGUCUAAUGUUGAUGCAACUGCUGUAUAUAUCAUUGUUACUGGCUACCACAAAGAUAAUUACUAUAUUUAGAAACACAUUGCCACCAUCACUGCAGAAAUGUUGAAUUUCAUUGCUCAGCAGGCAUGGAAGUGCUCUGUGGUGCGCUCUUCACUGGUUUUGAGGCUCAUGAGCACCAGUAGAAAAAUUUUGGUUGAAGAUCAACAAAUGAAGUCUACACAAAGAGAGAAGUUAACCUUACAUUACCUUAGGUCUUGGAACUCAGUCAUUAAUUAUCAUUAUAAGGACAUGAUUAGUCACAGCGAAGUGCACACUUUUAUACGAGACUUCCCCAAAAUUAAGACUGUCCUUAAGACUGAACUUGAUAAAACAUUAACUGUUCUCAAGAGUGAAGGCUACAGCUGGAUGAAAUUCAAGAGUACAAGGAGAUUCUUCUGCUAAAUUCUAAAGACUUGAGAGAUCGACUUGGAUUUU